AAAUACUAGGUACCAAGAGUAAUAGGAGAACAAAAGAGAAUUUGAAAACCUUAGAUCCAAAUAGAGAUAUCAUCAUCUUGGAGGAGAAAUGUUGAAAAUGGUGAAGAGAAACUUACUCGACGGUGGUUGGUUUGAGAUAAGACGAUGUUGUGCAAGUGGAAUGACUGUGCAGGAAGUUGGUAUUGGUGAGGCAACUGCAAGGAGGGGAUUGACGGAGAGAAAAGAAGAGGAGAGAGGAGGGGAGUUUGAUUGGAGGAACAUGAGGGAUUCAGGGGAAGAAGGUAGCAGUAAAUGGGGGGAGUUAGAGAGAGGUUUGAAUGAUUCGGAGCUUGGGGAAGAAGGACAGCAUGGAACAGGGAAAGAUUCAGUCACAGGAGAGGGAUCCGACAAGAGAAAGAACACGAGGCGGGUCCACCUCACAGGAACAGAGGGAGGAAUCAAGACAUAUGGGGCUACGAUCGACUUUGGAAGAGUAUUGGCCAUCUAUAGCCCAUCGAGGAAAAUAAAGAGAGGGAGUAGGUUCGGAUUCGUCAGAUUCCUUGAGGUCAAAGAUGAAUGGGACCUGGAGAACCAAUUGGACCAGAUUCGAAUAGGAGAAUUCAAACUUUGGGUCAAUAGACCAAAGUUUAAGGAAAGGGAAAGCCACAGGAGUACGGAUCAUGGGCUCAGCAAAAAAGUAGUAAGAGGGCAAAGGACCUACGCCGAUGUUGUGAAAGGAAGCAGAGAAGAUGGUUCAAAUCGGGGGAAUCAACAAGAAGCAAUCAGAGAUUCAAUUUGCUGGCAACAACAGAGAGACUACAGGAAAAAAACCCCAACACAAGUUUGGAUUCCGAAGAUCAAGGAACAGGUGAAGCAUAGCUUGGAGUUCAAUGUGAAGGAGGAGGAAUUUUCAUGGUUGGAAGGAUGCUACGUGGGGGUAGCUCACUCAGUUGAAAUCAUCCCGAACUUACAGGAAAAGUUCUUUAUGGAAGGCUAUUUCUCCUGUAAAGUAAGAGCAUUGGGAGGAAGCUUAGUGUUAUUGGAGGGAGGAGACAAGGACGAGAUUAAGGAUCUGGGAAAGAUUUGUCUGGUUACGAUGCCAAGGGGUCCUAGCCCAUGCGUGGAGACCAUAAUUCUUCGCCUCAAUUGGCGCACGAUGGAUUUCAUUUCGAAGGUCAUGAAUGUUAAGGUUAAUGGGGAGCCGUUCAUUAUUAAAGUCAUGGAAGAAGAAGCCACCGACGACAUUUUUUCAAUGAAGUCUGACCAUGUGUUUAAAAUGAUGAGCGACUCCGACAACGAUGCUUCUGAAUCAUGGUCACUGGAUAGCGAAUUUGGCAAUGAGAUUCUUGAGUCCGUCCAAGAAGGUGGUGGGUCUAAGGGAUACCGGAACUUGCUGGAUGGAAAGAUGGAAGAAGAUGACGUGGAAGAGGAUGACAUAGAGAUGGACACGGAAACAAGGGGUGAGCUGGCACAUACCCGUUGGAAGAUUGAGCGGCAAAUUGGAAAAGAAGACCAAAAUUCGGCUGUGCAUGACGUCUCAAUUAAUGCUGAAGAUUGGGAAAUUGUGCUUGAAUCACAACCAAAUGGAAAAAUGGAACAACAUCAGAGGGAUGAGGAUGUUGGGCCAUAUAAGCAUUCAAACCCAAUAGCUCUUGAUAGAUGUGGGACCAAAAGAGACACAUGGGUAGCCCAGCAUGAGGAUAAUGGGCCAGUAGAUGAUGGGCCAACUUCACGGGAUGAGUGUCACUUACUAGAGGAUAAAGGGGUUAACCCAAAAAAUAAUAAAGAUGUGGAUGAAGUAGUCUCAUUCCAGAAGGAUCUCGAGAAGGAGAAUAGUAGCAAUAGCUCGAGACAGUCCCAGACGGCGCAGAAGGAGCUUAAGGACAUGGAGGAUAAGGACAAGGAGAUAUUCAGGAAAUCAAAGGUUAGUGCUGACGUUGUUGUGGGGACCGAUGCAAUUCCAGUAUAUAUUAUGAACAUCUACUCCCCAUGCGAAAUGCCGGGUAAAAGGGCUCUGUGGAUUAGCUUGAAAAAUGUGAUCUUGGGGACGAGUGGUAAUUGGUGCUUGAUGGGGGAUUUUAAUGCUGUAAGAAAUGAGCAGGAAUGGAAUGGAGGAAGAACUAGAAGGAGGGAGAUGGUGGAGUUUGACAAUUUUAUCAGAGAAUGUGGCCUUAUUGAUUUACCACUAAUAAGCCGCAAAUUCACAUGGUACGAACCAAAUGGAAUACUUAUGAUUAGAUUGGACAAGUUCCUGCUUUAUGAUCAAUGGUGUAUUAAUUGGGGGGAUGUCAAACAAUGGGGAAUGAAGCGAACAAUAGCGGAUCACUGCCCAAUUAUGCUAAAAAAUCAAAUAAUCGAUUGGGGCCCUAAACCUCUUCGAUUUUUUGAUGUGUGGAUUGAUAUUCCUGAGUUCAAGGAGUUAGUGACUAGAACAUGGAGGUUGACAGAGAUCACAGGGUGGCACGGAUACCGACUUAAAGAAAAACUAAAGGAAACAAAGAAUGCUUUGAAGGUAUGGAGCAAGAACAUGUUGCCGGAGGUUGAUUCCAACAUUCAAAAAUACAAGGAUUCUAUUGCGGCUAUGGAUUUGAAGGCAGAAAUAACCUCACUAUCGGCUGAGGAAGUGGAUAUAAGAAGAAAUAGCUUCUUACAACUGUGGAGAUGCCAGAAAAUGAAGGAGAGCAUGUGGCGGCAAAAAGCUAGGAAGACAUGGAUGAAAGAUGGGGAUGCGAACACCAAAUUUUUUCAUAGAUGUGUUAAGGGAAGAAGGAGAAGGAAUGAGAUAGUUAGUAUACAAGUGGGAGACAAAGUCAUGGAUCAUGUUAAUGAGAUCAUGGAAGAGGUGGCCAGUUAUUUCGAGAAGGUAUUCACAGAAGACAGUUGGCAGCUCCCCCACCUUGAUGGGAUCGCAUUUAAGAAGAUCUCAGAGGAUGAGAACUCAAUAUUGUUAGCUCGGUUCAGUGAAGAAGAAGUAAAGCAAGCGGUAUGGAGUUGCGACUGCUCAAAAGCACCAGGACCAAAUGGUUUUAACUUCAGAUUCAUAAGAGAGAUGUGGGAGGAAAUCAAAGAUGACAUGAUGGGCUAUGUGGAAGACUUUCAUAAGCAUGGAAAACUGGUCAGAGGGGUAAAUAGUUUAUUCAUCGUGUUGAUCCCCAAAGUGAUAAAUCCCCAAAAAAUAGAGGAAUUUUGCCCCAUAUCCUUUAUUGGGGUUAUGUACAAGGUGAUAGCAAAGCUCCUUGCUACUAGACUCUGUUUAGUGGUGGACAAAAUAAUUGGAGAAAACCAGAUGGCGUUUGUUGGAGGAAGACAAAUGGCGGAUAUCAUUGUUAUUGCCAAUGAAAUAAUUGAUGAAGCGAAGAGGAAGAAGAAAGCUAGUUUUUCAUUUAAAUUAGACUUCGAGAAGGCAUACGACAAUGUAUGUUGGGAGUUUUUGCAGUACAUGAUUGCAAGAAUGGGUUUUAAAUCGAAGUGGAGAAGAUGGAUAGACGAGUGUUUGAGGACAGUAGAGGUAUCUGUUUUGAUCAAUGGCAGCAACACUAGACAAAUUAAAAUCAACAGAGGCCUUAGACAAGGGGACCCACUAUCUCUUUAUCUAUUUUUGUUAGUAGCUGAAGGUCUUAAUGGAAUCAUCUCCUCAGCAGUUAACUGGGGUCUUUUUGAGGGGAUCAGUGUUGGUAGCAAUGAAUUGAAAUGGUCACAUCUUCAGUUUGCAGACGAUAUGAUCCUAUUUGGCAGAGCAGAGGAAGAGAACAUAUGGGCAGCAAAGAGUAUUAUGAGAAUCUUCGAGUUGGUGUCGUUCCUAUCCCUUGGUGGAAGGAUCCCACUUCUCAACUCCGUGCUGUCCAACAUUCUAGUCUUUCUCAUGUUAGUGCACCUGCUCCCUAAAGGCGUGAUCCUCUCCCUUGACAAAAUUCGCAGGAACUUCCUAUGGGGGGGUGAGGAGGGGAAGAGCAAAACCAGUUGGGUUUGUUGGGACAAAGUAUGUAAAAGUAAAAUGGAGGGUGGGCUUGGAGUUAAAGAGCUGAGAAGUUUCAAUAUUGCCUUGUUGGGCAAGUGGUGGAGCAGGUUUGCUAGUGGGAACGAAGGGAAAGAUGAUAGAAUCUGUCAAAUGGGCAACUGGAGGGAAGGAAAAUGGAAACGGUCUGUACAGUGGAGAAGAUCAUUGUUCGAAUGGGAGAAGGACAAUUGUACAGAGCUCCAGGCCUUACUGGAUAACACACAACCUGUACAAGAUCAGAAUGACCGGUGGGAGUGGAAGCAUGAUAAAGAGGGAGUGUAUGUAGUUAAAACAACAUACAACUUGCUCUCAAGCAACAAUGGGCGUGACAAAGCAUGGAUUCACAAAAGGAUAUGGAGCAGAUUAAUCCCAACAAAGGUCAGUGCAUUCACUUGGCAAGCCUUACAAGACAGACUUCCCACUAAAAUCAACUUAUUUAGAAGGGGCAUUAUAACUGAUCCUAACCAAGUGCUAUGUGGAUUGUGCGGGGAAAGCACAAAAGAUAGCAAUCACCUGUUUAUUCAUUGCAGAGUUACUUGCUCGGUGUGGCAUAAAUGUUUGCAAUGGUGGAGGAUAGCAACGGUUACGCCUAAUACUUGCCAAGAAACUUUCGAGCAACACCAAUCUUUCUUUAAAGAAUCAUCGGUGAGAGCAGGGUGGGAUGUGGUCUGGUUGGCAUUUUUAUGGUCUAUAUGGAUGGCAAGGAAUGGAAAGAUUUUUAGAAACUCUGAGUAUGAAGUCAACAGAAUAUUUGAAAUUGUUCAACUUAGAGCCUUCAAUUGGAUCAAAGGUAAAGCAAAUGGAUACUCCUUUAACAUGUAUGAAUGGAUGCUGGAGCCCAUGUUGUGCUUAAAAGCUAAACGGAAGAAUUAAUCUGGCCUUUCAAGGGCGAAAAGUUCUGUAGGUACUAAUUCGUGACUGAACCUUUCUGAACCUCAGCUUGCAGUUGAAAGGUUCCAAUAGGGUCAAGAAACUAAGCUGCUGGGUUUCUCAGUUAAUGUAAUUUGUAUUAAGGGCAGGGGUACCCCUUGUACUCCAUGAAAUAAAAAUCCCUUUGCUGU